AUGAACGACAAACCGCUCAAACAUCAGCUUGGAAACCGACUUAACAUCCUUAAUGGGGUUAUCUUGUCCAUGAAUGCUAUGGUAAAAGUAGUUAAAGAAAGAAAGAAACAGAGCCAAAGGUUCAGAGUCAUUGAGAGUGUGAAAGCCAUGCGAAGCAUAACGCUCUCAUGGAGCGUUUUGAAGGCACACUAUUUGCCUUCAUCUCCUAAACCUUCAAAGUCUCGUAACACCCGUUUCUUUUCUUUCAACUCUUUCUCCAAGAACCACUCUUCGAAGCUCUCCCGUCGCAACCCAAGUCUCAUUUUUUCCAGGGGCUCCAGAAAGUGGUGUGACAACAGAAGUGAGGAGUGGUUUGGGCGCUCUCUACAGACAGUGUUAGAAAAUCAGGAUGUCCUUGAAGUUAGGCACACUGAUUGCAAGAAUUGCUGUGCGACCAGAGAGUCACUUCACAGCCUGGAUCAUUCUUUUUUUUCAGAUGACUUGCACAUAAAGAAUAGCUCGAGAAGGGAUUAUCAAAUAGCUGCAGAUAUCAUUAAUUGUUGUUCAUCAUUUGGUGGCAUCAUGAAGUUUAUGAUUUUAUUUGGGUUGUUAACACUUCAAGGAUCUCAACCAGCAGUUGCUGGUACAGAUUUUGGCAGUGGGUUGCAGUCCAUUCCUUAUAUUGGGGACCUUGGUGAUAUUAGCACAGGUUUUGCUUCAGCAUUCUUGCUCAUCUUCUUUUCAGAACUGGGAGAUAAGACCUUUUUCAUUGCGGCACUUUUAGCUGCUAGGAAUUCUGCUGCAACUGUUUUCAUUGGAACCUUUGGUGCACUUGCGGCAAUGACUGUCAUAUCCGUCAUUCUUGGAAGAACUUUUCACUAUGUUGAUGAAAUCCUUCCCUUCAGGUUUGGUGAGACUGAUCUGCCCAUUGAUGACAUUGCUGCAGUUUUCCUUUUGGUCUAUUUUGGUGUUUCAACAUUGCUUGAUGCCAGCUCAAGUGAUGGUCUAAAAGCAGAAGAUGAACAAAAGGAGGCAGAGCUAGCAGUGUCAGAAUUUUCAGGAAACGGUGCUGGAAUUUUAGCUGCUGCAAACACCAUUAUUAGCACCUUCAUCCUAGUUUUUGUUGCUGAAUGGGGUGAUAAAUCAUUUUUCUCCACAAUAGCACUUGCCGCAGCCUCUUCGCCUCUUGGAGUCAUUGGGGGAGCAUUGGCUGGUCAUGGUGUUGCAACUUUGCUUGCUGUGCUUGGUGGUUCUUUACUAGGGACAUUCUUAUCGGAGAAGGCAAUAGCCUAUGUUGGAGGUGUUCUUUUUCUUGUCUUCGCCGCGGUUACAUUGGGGGAGAUAGUGAGUUAGAAGCUUAGAUAAUUGGUACAUCAAGUCUUAUUGAAUAGUGGUUUCAAGUAUUUUUGUGUGCUGUGUGUAUAAUACUUUACAAGUCUUACUUUUAAUGUAUUGGUAUAAUAUUAAAUUGUAGCAAAACCCUGAUAUGUUAAGUUGAAUGAAUCAAGUGGGUGGUUGUAUUUGA